AUGGAACGUCAAGACCCCCGCCUUAUCAGCAGCGAGCGUCCGCUCCACAACCAGGACCAGGGCAUCAUCAGCAGUGCCAUCGACAAGACCAAGGAGCUCGCAGCGGACGCCGGCGAGAAAAUCAAGGAUGCCUACCACGCGGUGGUUGGCGAGCCACGAGCUGAGGACAAGGCACGCGACGCUGCCAAGAGCUAUGUCGACUCUGCUGCUGAGCAGGUUGGUCUUGGUCUCGCUGGGCCUAUUGCUCACUGAACGGUUUCCUCACAGACUAAGGACCUCCGUGAUGGAACCAAUCGGUCAUGGGAGCGAACCAAAAACGACGCUUCUCGCAAAUGGGAAGACCUCAAGGAUGACGCCAGCCGCAAGUGGGAGGACCUGAAGGAAGGUGCUCAGGAUCAAAAAGACCGCGCCGAAGGUACCUGGGACGAUAUGAAGGAGCGUGCCAUCGACACCUGGGACGACUUCAAGGACUCGGCUCGCCGAACCCAGUACAACGCUGAGCGCAAGUGCGAGGAUGCUUCCUGUGCCGCACAACAAAAGGUUUUUCCUUUUCCUUUCUUCUUCGAUAAUCAUUGUCCCUUGUAGCUCGAGCGUGCUCAAGAAAGAACUGGAGAGCAGAUCAGAGCCGCCACGAAUCCCACCAUUGAAGGAUUCUAA